GCAGGAGUGAGGAGAGGCAUCUCUCAGCUCUUCGAUCCAUGGUGCAAAGGACUGUCUUGAAAGUAGAUAUUACCUGCCAAAGAUGCAAGAAAAAGCUCCUCAAGUCUGUCUCAGGAUUGGAAGGUGUAGACAAGGUAGAGGCAGAUGCAGCAAAGGGAACAUUGACGGUUACUGGGAACGCCGAUCCUUACGAAGUGAUCGUCCGGGCAAGGAAAGCUGCUGGUAGAUGCGCCGAAGUGGAGAGUAUUGGGCCUCCUCCCAACCCCACCGACUCAAAGCCAAAGGAUGAUGGAAAGCCCAAGCCCAAGCCCAAGCCCAAGCCCGACGACGACCUAAAGUGUCAACAACUUCUUCCUCUACCCUCCAGUUCCUGCCAUAGGUGCGAGCGGGUGUACAUCCACGUCGGACACUGGGAUGAGCCUAACGUGUCAUGCUCCAUAUUGUGA